AUGGCGCAGUCAGGCAGGACCAGCCUCCCAGAGCUGCAUCAGAUGCAGGGUGCUGCUGCCAGAGAAGAAGAGCAUGUGGUGUACAAGUACAGAGGACUCAGAGACGCGCUGACCCUGCAUCCAGAGAACCACAUGGGGGUCACAGCACACCUCAGGGUCCACGGCUCAUCCGCACCCAGGGAACAAGGCCAUGGCCACACGGCCGGACACCUGAGGCUCCGAGAUGGCGUCACGCGUCUCUCUCAGCACUUCCCGCACAGUGUGCCCACAAGGCUCUCCUCUUCCAGUGCCACACUGCAGCCCUUUCCAGGGCAUGUGCUGGCGCUGCAGAGAGCCGGUGCCGACUGCAACCCCCCUCCUGUUGUUUUCCUUGGGGCACCCCACCCAGAGGCUCAGGUUUUGCAGGCCUGGUGGGGCCAGAGGAUGUACAUCACUUGCUACUCCUGGCUGCGCCGGGUUGCUGGCGGCACACCUGAAGCAGUCCUCCCUCCACCUUAUACAGUGGUGCCGACACUUACACGAGAGGGCCGCCAUGUGGACAUGGGCAAACACAGCACCCAAUCACCCGCGUCCGUUCCCCAGGACCGCAUUGGCCCCUGGACCCGCUGUCCUUUGGGCUCUGAGGAGGCGAAGGAUCGUGCCCAUCACCGCGUCCACUCUGGCGGGCGGCACUUCCGGGCCGUGGGGGGCCGGAUCCAAGCCGGCGGGCUGGCGCCGCUAGGCGUCGCUUUCAUCCCGGACCCCUGCGCUUUCUCUUACGCCGACUUCGUAACCGGCUUCCUGCUACCCAAUCUGCCCUGCGUGUUCUCCAGCGCCUUCACCGCGUCCUGGGGCAGCCGGCGGCGCUGGGUGACGCCCGAGGGCAAGCCGGACUUCAAGUACCUGCUAAGCAAGUAUGGAGAUGUGGUGGUACCUGUGGCCAACUGUGGGGUCCAGGAAUACAACUCGAACCCCAAGGAGCUCAUGCCCCUGCGGGACUACAUCGCCUACUGGCAGGAGUACAUCCAGUGUGGCGACUCCUCCCCACGGGGCUGCCUCUACCUCAAGGACUGGCACCUGUGCAGGGACUCCCCUGCAGAAGACCUGGAGGAUGUGUUCACCCUGCCCGCAUACUUCUCCUCCGACUGGCUGAAUGAGUUCUGGGAUGCCCUGGGUGUGGACGAUUACCGCUUUGUUUAUGCAGGGCCCAGGGGCACCUGCUGGUCGGUCAACAUCUGUGGGAGGAAGAAGUGGCUGCUGUUCCCCCCGGGGCAGGAGGAGGCCCUGCGGGACAGCCACGGCACCCUGCCCUACGACGUGACCUCCCCCGCACUCACAGACACCCGCCUGCACCCUGCCCACCUGCACAGCAGCCCACCACUGGAGGUCAUGCAGGAGGCUGGGGAAAUGCUGUUUGUGCCCAGUGGCUGGCACCACCAAGUGCACAACCUGGAUGACACCAUCUCCAUCAACCACAACUGGGUCAACGGCUGCAACCUGGCCAACAUGUGGCACUUCCUGCAACAGGAGCUCCAGGCUGUGCAGCGAGAAGUUGGCCAGUGGAAGGACUCCAUGCCCGACUGGCACCACCACUGCCAGGUCAUCAUGAGAUCCUGUUCGGGGAUCAACUUUGAAGAAUUUUACCACUUCCUCAAGGUCAUCGCAGAGAGGAGGCUCCUUGUCCUGAGACAGGGUGAACAGGGGGAAGUAGGGCCCAACACAGGCCUGGGGCUGGGCCUCCAGCAGGCUGCAUUUGACAUUGGCCGCCUCGCAGAGGUGCUGGCCUCUAUGGUCACAGACCCCGACUUCCAGCGCGUGGACACCAGCUCAUUCUCACCCCAGCCUUGGGAACUACUGAGGCAGCUGGAGGAUGCCCUGGUGGCCAUCAAGGCCCUUUAGUGCCACUGGGGGUUGCAGUACCAGCGUUACCCAGGGUCUUUUUAAAAUAAAGGCAGUCCUCACCCUGUGGCUGGACGGGCCCCUGGCGAACAGAGCAGAGCAAUCCUCCCGGUGUGUCCCUCCAGGCCUCUUUCGUGGGGUCCAAGCUGGGGAUCCUCGGGAAGGUCCAGCCGGGGUGUGAGCUCAGCUACUGACAAGCACCUGGGUCACAAGGUGUCUGCCCCUCUGGCCUGCAGUGAGUGUGACGAGCUGCGCUUCCUCAGCUCCCUAGCCUCCCCCAGCCUCUGGAGUGGCAGGGGUUCAGUGUGCCUGUCCUGGGGUCCCCGUGUGGCUGGGCCUGUCUCUGGGUUACAGACAUACAUGUUGCCAGUGCCCUGUGCUCUGCCUCGGGGACCUCAGCUCCCACUGGAGGAGUUGGGCACCUUGUGCAAGUGAAGUGGGCUUGCUGAGCUGGGCAGUGUUCCCCCACACCAGCAGGCACAGUGUGGGCAGCUGAGAAGCUCAGGUACUGGCCCAGUCAGGUGCCUGGGGUGGGAGCGGCGCAGAAGCCUGGGCUCUGGGUCCUGCUUUGUCCAGAGGCCAAGCAUGGGACUGGUCUGUCCCAUGGUCCUGGCAGCCAUGAGUGCAUGUAGCUGUUCUCCUUGCACACUGGUGCUCUGGAAAUGAAACUAGCUGUUCCCAGCCCACCCACAGCGCACCGUGGUACCCCAUGCCUCUGGUUCCUAUGUGUCGCCCUGUCCUCACCAGUCUCUACCCCUCACACCCCGUUAAUGGCAGGUGCAUCUGAGGGCAGAGGCGCAAGGCCCAUGUGAGGUGGCUGCUUGCUUGCCCUGACCUUGGCCCUGAGGGCAGGCAAGAGUGCGCACAGAGGGUUGAGGUGGGGUGCAUUCUGAGCCCCACUCUGGGGCACCUGGGACCCUGUUCUCCAGUGAGAGUCAUGGGUCUGCCCAGUCCCUCGUGACCUGGAGCCCAUGUCACUUGAGGGGUCCCAUCAGCAGGAAGGUGGCAACCUCACAGGCCUGGACUGUCCUGCUGUGAUGUCCUGUGGGACUGCCUGACCCCUGGCUAGAGUGGAAGCCCAGGAGGUCAGGGACUUGUUCUGUCCAAUAAAUUGUGCUAGGUGCCUGGGAAAGUGGCUGUGCAGUGGGUGCCUCACAAACUUGCCCAAUGAAUGUGCCCCGGCUGCAUUAUCCCAGCUGCCAGAGAGAGAUGGGCACCCCUGUAGCCCAGGUCCAAGGAUGGAGUCAUCUGGUUGGAAUUGUGGGCCUUCCUGCCAAUGGAAAGAUGCUUUGCUGUACCCUCAGUGGCCAAGGCUAGUGCUUACUGGGGAGGAAGAAGGAGCUGUGGCCCAGGGCCCGGCCCUGGGAAGUGCUCUUCAUUGCUCUGGUGGCCCUCUGUGUAUGGUCCUCCUGGGGACAUAGUUUGAGAGGAGCCACUAAGGUUGGGAGUGCUGUGCUUCAUGCCUAAGUCUCAGCUCAGGGUGAGCAGUACGUCCUGCAUGGACCGGGCAGUGACCACAGUUGGUAUGUGAGGAGAAAAGGAGGUGCAGGCAAGCCAGGAAGGUGGGCACCAGGGACUGUACCAACUUGCCUGUUGGCCCUGAUUAUCCACAGGUAGCAGGUGUCUCCUGCACGUGUUGGCGUUGCCAAGGAGCUGCUGGAGCUCAGUCCCAUAAGCCACAGGUGGGAUGUGUGCCCAGGAGAAAAGGGCCUUCGGUAUUAAAAGUAAAACUUACAGUACUUUGAGGUCAUUUGUGGCCCAAUAAUGGUAGCACUUCCUGUUUCAGGGCCUGUCCCAAGAGCCCUGACCCAGUGACUCCACCAAACAUUCUCAGGUAGAGAGGGAAGAAGAUGAUGCUCACUGAGGUCAGGAUAUAGACCCGUGCCACAUAGUCCUACCUCUGAGACCCUGGCCUGAGGAGGUGUCACAGCUCCCUGUUUGGAGACAUACGUGUCUCAGUGGGACAGCUCCACUUACUCCCUUGACCUCAGGCUGGCAAGGGCUAGAAGAAGCCAGCACCCAGGAUCACGGUAAGCAGGGCAGCAGCCACCACACAGACACCUGCACAGAGAUCAGUCUAGGGUGUAAAGCUGUUGUGAAUGAGCAAAAUCACGUUCACUGGUUCCUAACAUACAAAUAAACCAAGCCUGGUGGCUGUAAAGGAAGGGAUCUCACACAUGGCCACAGGACAGCUACUGUCAGUGCCAGGGCCACUGCUUCUGCCAAGACUACCACAUUUUGCUGUGGAAAAGACUAUUGUGAGGGCCUGUGCCCAUGGACUGGACUCACCUUAUUACUGAUCCUUACAGCUUCAAAAUAUGUAAUUUUGCCUUUGAAAAUUUCUUGCUGCCUCCACACCCUUGGAUACUGUCUUUGUCACUUUCCUUGUUACAGACACAAUACUUGACAACCACGAUUUUAAAAAGAAGAGGUUCAUUUUACAGGAUUUGUUCCAGAGCCAGCUGGCUCCAAGGGAGGAAGGAAUAGUGGGAGGGUCUGGUGAAGGACAGGUCACUUCAUGGCAGCCAGAAAGCAGGGAGGACCAAGGAGGGAGAUAAAUCCUUCCAAACCACCCUGAGUAACCCACCUCCUAACAGUAAGUAAAUACAAUGGUCCUAUGAUCGAAUCACCUUCCAAAAAGCUCCACCUCUAAACCCAGGCAUUUGGAGAACACUCUCAAUUUAAUCCAUAAUGUUCUGUCCCUGACCUCCAAAAGGAGUCUUGACCAUCUCAUUGUACAAAAUGCAUUUAGUCCAUCUCUAAGAAUCACCAAAAUUUUAACAGUUUCAACAUUGUUGAAAAGUCAAGGCCACGAUGUCCUCCAGGCAGGAGUGGAUGGUGGAAGGGUCUGGUGGAGGAAAACUGCACACACUAUGGGUGGCCAAGAAGAAGAGAGAGGAGGGAGGAGCCACGAAAAAGAUAAACUCAGGCCAUGCCCUUGUGACCUACCUCCAGCCUAGGGCAGGUCGCUAUAGUACCCUAUGAUAUUGUCACUCCAGAAGCCCCACCUCUGAACAGAUGAGACAUUUUGGGACAUACUAGAUCUAAACCUUAACAAAUAUACCCUUAGUUUACUAUGGUGCACAUCUUCUGUUAUGACUGACACUUUGCCAUUCCCAAGUAAGGACCCUCAAGUUAUAACUGGCCUGACAGAAACAACUGAGUUAUGACCGAAUUUUAGUUUUAACUUAUGACCAAAGUCUCAGAUACAGAUUUAACUUAGAACAGUUUUGUAAGGGACAUUACAACAUCCUUUCUUAUGUAGGAUUCAUUGAGAAAUCCUGGGCCAAUAUCUCUAAGGACACACAUCUGCCUGUACACAGGAGAGAGACUUUGAAGACUGUGUAGAGGAGCCUUAGCCUUCAUUUGUCCAACUUAAGUUGCGACAAGCCCUUGGGACAAAUUGAGUUCGUAAGUCAAGGGUCCUCUGUAUCAUUUUUGGAGAAUUUUGUUCUGGUUGGUAUUCAUGUUAAUUAUGAGGCCAUCAACUGAAUCCUCCCACCCUGUGAGUCCUUCUGGCAGGGGCAGGCUAUCCAAACACUUGGAAGCAUUCAUGGGAGGAACGAUAUUUUGGUUCAUGAGCCAGGAAAGGCUGAAAUGCCUAGGUGACUUGGUCUCCCUCCUGAAGUUCAGUGCUGCUGGGUCCGUCGCAGCUCCUGGCCUAGAAAGGAAGUGUCCUGCAGAGGGCAGGGUGCAGACUCCAAUGAGCCCUGCCCCUCUCAGAGUCUUGUAAAUGUAAGAUGGGGGCAUCUGCAAAUAAUGACAAUUUGACUUCUUGCUUUGUUAUAUGUACUCCUUUAUUUCCUGAAUGUGCUGGCUAAUAUUUUCAGGACUAUUCUGAACAAAAGUGGUGACAGUGGACAUCCCAGACCAAAUGGAUUUUAAAAUACAAAAAGUAAUCAGAGGCAGUGACAUUUUAUAGUAAAGAGUCAAUCCACCAGUAAACAAACCAAUACAAAUAUACAUGUGCCUACCACUGUGGAAAUCAAUAUGGUGAUAUCUCAAAAAACUAGGAUUAGAGGUCCCAUUUGAC